AUGGCUUCCCUGAACGAUCUCCUCAAGAUCGCAAAUCCAGUUCGUGCUUUUGCAUUGAAAACCUUCAGCGUUACUGCUCACCCGGACGAAGUGCUCCAAGUUCCCUCGCGAGCUGAAGGGCGAUUUAUUCGAAUCCACGCCUAUAAUACCCUUAACAGAGAUGGUCCGGCCCCAGUCCUCGUCAAUUUCCACGGCAGCGGGUUCGUGAACCCUCUCCAUGGGAGCGAUGACGAGUUCUGUAGAUAUAUCGCCAAGAAGACUGGGUUCGCGGUCCUGGACUGCGCCUAUCGACUUUCGCCGGAACACCAAUUCCCUGCGCCGGCCCACGACGCCGAAGAUGCGGUGCGCUGGGUUCUUUCGCACCCGGAGAAAUUCGACGCUUCCCGACUAUCAAUUUCUGGGUUCAGCGCAGGAGGAACACUGUCCCUGGUUCUGAGCUCGGUGGUCUUUCCGCAGGGGACAUUCCAAAAUGUCAUCGCCGCCUAUCCUCCAACGGACAUGGUCCAGAGCUCCGUCGAAAAGGUUGCCCCCGAUACUUCGAUAGAUGCCAUUCCCGUUGAGCUAUUGGAUGCAUUCGCGAAAUGCUAUUAUCCGCACGCCGAUGAUGUGAAAAGUGUUCUUGCUUCGCCGGCCGUGAUACCGGCUGAGAAGUUCUCAGAUAGGAUCCUCCUCGUGACUGCAGCUUGCGAUCGCCUCUGUCUUGAGGGGGAGGCGCUUGGGAAAAGAAUCAAAGAGGCUACGGCCAAACAUGUCAGAAUGCAUCGAUACGAUGGCUGCGAACACGCGUUCGACAAGGCGUAUAAGAAGGGUUCUGUUCAAGAGAAAGCGAAAGAUGACCUUUACGAAAAGGCGGCAUUGUUCCUUACCGAAUGA